AUGCAUCUUUUGUUGUUGUUGGGAGUGAUCUUUGUCUUCACGAUAGGUCGUACUCAAGGUGGUGACAAAUGUGAAGUUUGUUACCUGAAGGAUUGUUGCGAAGACCCCAUAUCCUCUGGUGGGAGAAACAUCAAAACAAGUGAAGGAAAAAUAUUCGGAGCGUAUUGUGAGCAAGGUUGGACGUACAUAUUUAGAAGAUUCAACGGGGUAGAGGAUUUCUAUCGUACUUGGGUCGAGUAUCAACAUGGUUUUGGUGACCCAAGAUGGAGAGAAUACUUCAUUGGAUUGGACAACCUUGCAAGUUUUGUGAAGGGUCGCAAGUGCAAAGUGCGAAUUGAUUUAGAGGCCUGGCCACCAGUAUCACCGGCUAAACGAUUUGCUGAAUAUUCGGUAUUCUCCAUCGCUGACAAGACCGAUAAGUACCGUCUUGCCAUUGGAGAAUACAGUGGAACAGCCGGUGAUGCAAUGAGUCACCAUAAUCGACAACAGUUUUCGACGUACGAUGAAGAUAAUGAUAUUGACAGUAGAAGGAAUUGUGCAAGCGUUUAUAAAGGAGCGUGGUGGUACAAGGGCUGCCACAAUUCAAACCUGUUUGGUUGGUACUACAAAGGACCAGAUUGCCCAAAGUAUGCCCAAUGUGUCGCAUGGUAUAGGUGGCCAACAGUCAUCGGAUCCCCUGAUAAUUUUUACUACUCAUUUAAGAAGGCGUCGAUGAAGAUACAUUGCUGUUAG